AUGGCUCCGCGUCGUCACAACAUCGGUGCGAGCCGGCGCAGAAGGCGAGAGGAGGAGGGCGAGGAUGAAGGCUCGAUAAAUGGGGAAUUGGAUGAUGACUCCCUGAGUGAAGGCUCGGGUAUCAGUCACCAAGAAGACGACGAUGCCGAUGGCGAGGGAAGUGAUGAUAGCGAUGAUGAGGUGUCGAUUUCCCCGCAGGGGGCCGACACCAAUGGCCAUCCGGUCAAUGGCCGUGUGCCUCAGGCAAGUCACCUGUCGGGGAGGCCUCGUUCUGCCUCCCCCGGCAAACGGGCUGUGGCCAACGCCAUCUCCGACACCGAGGCUAUGAUGAACGGGAUGAAGAUAUCGGGCGAGACAGACGAGGUGGCCGAGAUCCAUUUCGACCACAUGAAAGGGGAGACGGGCCAACAGACCGGAAGGACGCCGUCCGCGCCGCCCACGGAACCGAGAAGAGAAACCUUUGCCGAGAGAAAACGUCGUGAGCAUGAGAAGUACUCGAAGGAGAGAGACGAGAACCCGGCGUUCGUGCCGACGCGGGGAAGCUUCUUCCUUCACGAUAAGCGAUCUACGGAGUCGAUGACCAAUGGGUUCAAGCCGUUCAACAAGUCGAAAUCGAGGCCCUAUGGCCUGAUUGUGGACGGAAACGUGCGCCGGCAUCCCGUGAAACCAGCUGCUAGCGGAGGGCAAUGGACUCAUGAUCUCCACGACACAGUUGCUGGAGACGAUACACCCGCAUCUACAUUCCCUACUGCUCCGGCAGCUGUCUCCAACCACCCUCCGAGGCCUGUCCCCACGGCUCCCAGGUCAUCCCCUCCGAACAGAUCGUUUUCGAGUACGACCCUGAUUGGGAACGUGCCUGUUGUGGUUUUCCUGCCGGGCAUGACUAGCUCCGCCUCGUAUCCUGCGGUGGCGAAGAAACAGCAUACCCGUUUGCCCCAGCACCGGCCGCCUCUGCGUCGAGACAAGCCUGUUCGGAUUUCGCUCCCGGGACAAAACCCCAGAUAUAUAUUCCCUGCCACGGAACGAUCUUUCAUAUUUAUACCGCGGGCACUCCGACCUAACCAGCAGGCUUUCCGUGGCCGUGGCCGAGGGGGGUUCUAUGGAGGUCGGCGCUCGAGUAUUUAUGGCGGCUCCUCCUACACCCCGAGUGUCUCGAUGAGUCGAAGGUCGUCGGUCGGAAAGACUGCCUCGCAGGAAGGGUAUCCCUCACCGGCGGGCUCGGUUCUCUCACGGCAUACUAUAUUAACGACGGAAAAUGGCAAACCGGUCGUUCGGCUCCCUCCACCUCGUCCCCCUGGAGGAAUGCCACCUGCAGGUGCAGUGGCAGCUCAAUCUACCAUGCCACCCCCUCUUCCUCAUCCACAGACUUUGAAUCCCGCUUAUCGUGAGAGCCGCCCGGCUCCAAUCCCUAUGCAUCAACCUCGUCCCCAGAAGGCAGUUUCUGUCGCCGACAUUGAAACGCCGGCGAGCUUUUCCUUCAACCCCCCUCAGCCCCAGCAGGAACAGCCGUUCCAUCACCAGGUGCCGAUGCCCGCAAACGGCCCCAUGUAUGCCCCAGAGGCUUCCGGUCCUCUACCUUCGGCUCAUUCAUCCGUGACCCCGUCCUCCCACAUACCCGAUCGUGCAAUCCAUGCUCAACCGUUCCAACCAUACGGAUUCCAACAGCCCCAAGCUUACUACCCGGCUCCCUAUCCGGCCGGUACGGUCUUCUAUCCGAAUUCCGGGGGCGAGUACGCGCCGUACAAUGCCGGCGGAGGUCCAGGCGCCUCGGUCCCGUCAUUCCCUCCCGGGCAACACGCGCAAUACAUGGUUCCCGGAGCUCACGCAUCAACUGAACAAUCCUCGCAAGCGGGGACCGUUGCCCACGAGGCCGGCGGCACGGUGUACUUCUACGACGCCAUGCAGAUGCAUCCGAACUCGUCUUUUGCGGUGCCCGGUGCUCCCGGGCCUAACGGAAUUGUCGGGAUGGGUGGCAUGAUGACACCUCCCGGUCCAACCUAUUACUAUCCUCAACCUCCGGGCGGCGUUUACUAUGCUUCCCAGUAA